AUGUCUACGGGAAAUACCUCCGAUAUGGGCACUGUUGACGAAUCCUAUCCGCCUCUACCUGAGUGGCAGCAAGCCAAUCAGACAAACAUUCAGCAUGGCGCUGGAUUUGAUUUCAACCAAACUAUCCCUACUUAUCCCUCUGGCGAAUAUAACGGCGAUCAUACCGGCGAAUACCCAGUCAGCUCUGUUGGAAACCCCGCCUUCAAAUACUUCGGCGAUACCCAACAGAAUAAUCACACGGACAACCCUCAAGAGGUCGCCCAAGAGUACAUUCAGGCACCCAAUGGCAUUUUCCAGAACAACGCUUACGGUUUUGGUCAUCUCUAUAACCCCGACCUCAGCUAUUACAACGCCCAUCCAUACUGGGAGGGCUACGGUAAUAUGCCAAUGAACAACGAGAUAUCUAACAACUGGAUGAAUAUUGAUCCCCUCAUUCGGAAUCAACAGCUGGAAUCGACGGACCCACUCACAUCCAACGGUACUAUAUCGACAGGCCAUAGCGGCAGCUACGCGACACCAAACACCAUGAGCUAUUACAGCCAGCAUAUUGAUCAACACCGAGCACGGUCUGGCUCUCGGGGAACCUCGUCCUCUCAUACCGUUCCGUACACCUCCGUCUCGGGCUCACUUACACGUGACGACUCGCUCACCACUUCGAGCUCCUUCUCGUCUACCGGCACACACAACAUGCCGGCGCGAUUACUCAACCCACAUUCGCUCUCCCAAUCAGGGACGGCCGCUGCGAAAGAUCAGCCACUAGAGAUUAUGGAUAAUCUUGACAUUCACGAAGAGUCAUCAAUCGGAAAGACUCGAAGUGGUAAGAAGUAUCAAAGCAGUAGUAUCUCCUUGGCAAAGCGGGCAUGUGUUAAGAAGUCCUCUGAGAAGCGCAUCAAAGCUCGAGGCCAUUUGGAAGCGAUACCGGCCCCGGGAUCACCAGCGAACUUAGUCAUACCCGAAGCCCAAGAGGAUAUCACCCCUCACAUUGCUGAUACAAAGAAAGCGAAGUCUAAAAAGGCGAAAGGCAAGCAAUCUGGCAAGAAGGAGCCGGAUUGUGAAGCAUUGUGUGAUCUUUUCGAACUUCCCUUCACUGCCAUCAGCAACAACCAUAAAUCUUCUGCCGAUAUUGCUUCAGGCUUCAAUCCGUCGCAGGGAAUAACAUACGUUCCCGAGCUGAGACGUGAGCCCCUUAUUAUUGGCGCUGGCUCCCCUCUGAGUGACUUCGAUACCGGCAUCGACCUGUUGAAGCCGAUGGACCAAUUCUACCCUGCUGGUGAUGUGAAACCACUCGCCACCGCAUUCCGACCUACCGUUAUCCCGGUAGAAUAUUAUGGAAACCCUGACUGGGAGCGAAAAGGCUCGGUGCGACCCAUCGGAUCAAAGGCACGCCGUGGGCCUAAACGAUUGAAGCCCACCAAGGCGGAACAGAAGGUGGCCAUAUCAUACCAGAAACUGGUCAAGGAGACCUUAAACCUUUACAUCAACGACAAUUAG